UCACCACCAGACCCUGAAUCUAUGAUGCGCUGGUCUAUGGCCUCGCCGCCUCACUCUCUCGCGAGCUGCUGUCGCGCCGCUCUCGCGCUCAUUCAUUGCAGCUCAACUAUCUAACCCAGGCGACCUUGGAGACAAUCCCAUUGCUACUGCAGUCAUGACCAGCGCGCAGCACAUCCACGUCAAGGACCUCGACGACUGGGCCAACCGCCUGCACGCGCAGCCACGACGACCGCUGCUCAUACACCUCAACGCAGACACGACAUGGCUCGUCCAGAUCCCUUACCCGUCGUCAGCAGUCCCUCCCAGCGGUCGGACACAUUACAACGUCCUCCUCGACCCGUGGCUGCAGGGACCCCAGAGUGACGUCGCCUCUUGGUUCAGCACCCAAUGGCACGUUGUGCCCCCCAGCGUCGCGACAAUCGCGGAGUUAAAUGUCAUCCUACGAGACCUCGAGGCGCGACGGGCCGACGGAAACUUCACAGGCGACAGUAUGAUCGACUUGGUGGCCAUAUCGCACGAGUUCACGGACCACUGUCACAGAGCGACGUUGGAGGAGUUACCCCAGACCACGCCCAUCUUCGCCACCGACGUCGCUGCCGACCUCAUACGAGGAUGGGCGCACUUUGACACCGUCGUCACCACGCCUGCCCUCGGCGACGGCGUCGACUGGAAGAGGUUGACAGUCGGGAGCCUGCCGCCCUGGCUCGCCAUCGGGAGGGUCACCACCCCCGGCAACGCGCUCUACUACCACUCCGCCGUCUUCAUCGCCUUUGACCUCGCAGGCCAGGGAGCCGCCGAGGCCAUCAUCUACUCCCCCCACGGCAUCGAGAGCAAGGACCUCCUCGCGCUGUCCGCGUCGGGCGUCAGCGCGCUGGCCCUGCUCCACGGCCUGCAUGACGUGAGUAUCUGGAUGACCAAGCAGCUCAAUCUCGGGGCUCUCAACGGUCUGCGUGCCGUGAGCGCCUGCGGCGCAAAGUACUGGAUCGCGACGCAUGACGAGGUCAAGACGGGCGGCGGUCUCAUCGCGCCGUUCCUGCGGCGGGUACAGUAUUCCGUCAAGGAGGCUGUGGCGCACCAGGAGAAGCAGAUGCGGCAACAAGAGGGCAAGGCGCCGGACUACGAAUUCGUCGAGCUGGGCGCUGGGGAUGGGUUGCGAUUGGACUAAUGAAUCUUCUCUAUUCUUCAAUACCCGGCAGACCGGCCUACAGCUCGUCCUUCAGCUCCAGCUCGAUUUGCAGCUGCGUCACCAUGCCCACACCGGCAAACAUGCCCAUGUACAUGGCCUGCAUGACGCUCUUGAUCGGCGUCGCCGCGUCGCCCACCGCAAACACGCCCUUGACGCUCGUCUCGUUCAUGGGCGGGUUGGCCUUGAUGUCGCCGCCCGGCGUCAUCUCUAGCCCCAACUGUUCGACCAGGCUGCCCGCGCGCUGCUCGA